AUGGACUAUUUUGCCAUAGGUGGCAAACCUUUCUUGUCUCGAUUUCCUCCGCAUAUUCCUGGUAUUUUUAAUACAUGCACACAGGAGCAGUCAGCUGAGGGCGUGGACAGCCAUGCCCUACAAGCACUGCAGGCUUUCCAGAAGGCGCAGGCCUUCCAGGGCGAGGGCUAUCCGAUUGCAAGAGGGGCGGCAUCUCGACCCGCAGAGGACGACCUGGAUGUAGACGACGACGAUGGGCAUGUCAAAGCGCCCAGAGCACUGCAUCAAGGCUACGAUUCGAGCCAGGUCCGGGAAUGGCCAAGCAGUCGCUUCGAGGUGAUCCGAAAGCUGCAGGAUGCCACCAGGAACAGGGGACAGGUUGUGCUCAUGAAAGACAAUGAAGAGAACAGAUUAGUCGCAGUCAAAAUUAUGCCGAACAGGUGGGUCGGCGUCAGCCAUUCCGAUUUUGUCAUCGACCACCCGUCGGAGACGGAGCUUCCCUGGCAGGACAUUGGCUGCGUGUGCUUUUUGAAUGAAGUCGGCUACCCGUACGCCUGCGGCCUCUUGGGGGUCUAUCGGGACGCAGAGCACACGUAUGUGGUGACAACUUUCGCAACAGAAGGCGACUUGUUCUCCUGGUGCGAGGGUGGUGUGGCACCAGGCCACGAAAGGGAAAUGGUCGUCCAGCCGAUUGCAAGGCAGAUCAUGGAGGGCAUUCAGCAGCUCCACGACUUUGGCAUCGUGCAUAGAGACUUAUCCUUGGAGAACGUGCUGAUAUCAAAACAGGACGGCUCCGACACGUCCGCCUUCCAGAUCCGCAUCAUCGACUUCUCCAUGGCCUCCACCGCCCGGAUCUUCAAGAACUGCAUUAGAGGCAAAGCCUCCUAUCAGGCACCAGAGCUCCAUUCAGAUCAGGAGUACGAUGCAUAUCUCACCGACGCAUUCUCCUUAGGUGUCACGCUCUAUGCUGUACUUCUGAAGGACUAUCCCUGGCUCUCCACGCGGCCUGGGGGCUGCAAGUGCUUCGAGUAUGUUCGGAAGCACGGCUUCCGUGCGUAUCUGGCAAAGCGCAAGCUCAGGAACAGUACGCAAAGAGUCGUAGAGUUUAUGUCGGAGCCGCUGAUUUGCCUUCUGGAAGGUUUGCUGUCCUUUGAGCCCAGUGAACGGCUCACCCUGGGCGAGCGAAAGUGGAGCAAUAGAAGGUCGAUUUGGGACUUGACGUGGCUGCACGAAGGCUCGAGCGCCGAGGUCCUGGCAAGUAGCGCGGCUUCGCGGCCUCGCUCUCGCAUAUCGGGCUCCGAUCUGCGAUGCGAAAUGCGUGUCCGCGUUUUGGGCACCGAAAGCUUGGCCAUUGUCACGCUGCCGAGCCACGGCGGAGAGGCCUUGGACUGGUUGGCCACUGCCUUGCCCGCGGCUGGCAAUGCUGGCGGCGCCAAAGGAGGCCUAGCCGCCCUGGGGUGCUGGGGCGAGUCCACCGCAGUGGUGGUGCCCGAGUCCGCGAUACGUGCAGUGGCCCCUCCCGCCAAGUCCUCCAUCGACAAACCUUGGGCUGCCCUUGAAGUGGUGGCAAAGAGCGCCGUGGCACUGGCUACCUUGGGGCCCAUUCUGGCAUCGGCGGCCGUCCGUUGGCGUGCGCUGCCGGCGGCCGAAGCGGCUUUCCUGCUGCUAGUCCGGGAGGAAGAUCUCUUUGCUGCAGCUGUCGCAUUGGUCCGCGCUGGCCACGGCAUUGGGCCGGCAGUGCGCGUAUGUCCUCCCAGACCUGAGCCCGUGGCUUCCAAUGAGACCUACGUUGGAGCAUGGGCGUUGACACGCAGAGAGGAGCCUGUGGGCAAGACAGUAGAGGAGCCCGAGCUGUCUGAAGGCCCGCUUCGAAUUCAGGCCCCGUCCGGAGUCUUCGUGGAGGUUCGACUGGAUAAGUCCUGCGCGGGGAUCGCCGUCAUGGACCGCAAGAUGAGCGUGCGACACCGGCUGGUGGACUUCCAGCCUCCCACGGGGAGAGUGUUGUGCACACAGGUGAAGUUCAACAAAGAGGUGAUGGCAGAGCUGAGUCAUCCUCGAGGGCGCUUUCGAGAUGAGUAUGUGGAGGCGUGGACACGAUUGCAUUCGGGCCCGGUAGCUGCGCUAGAGCUCCUUUCCGAGCAGCCGGCGGUGACUCCUCCUCGAGCCGGCUUUUGGAUAUUCUGUGGAAAUCGUUUCGGCCGAGUGAUCGGCCUGCCGGUGGGCCAGGGCGCGGUAGGGGGGACCUGCUGCAAAUCUGUGGCGCAGCUGGAAGCCCUUGGGGUCCCAGCCAGGGAAGAGCUGCACACUCGCUACGAGGCACUGUGGGGAGAGAUCGAGGUGCCUGGGCGCCUGCGAGUGCGGGAAGAGGCGUGGUCCAAGAGCAGAUCUGGCGAUUUGCUCUACGACCAGGCGUCGGGCGUCGGCGGCUCUUUGUCGUUUGUGCCCGGAGAGGUGGUCCAUCGCCUGCCGUCCGGAGUGGUGCAAAGAUGGCGGAUUCGCGACUGGGGCUUUGAUCCUUUCCGGCCUGGCGCGCCGCCCCUGCCAGCAGCUGCACAGGUCGAUUCCGAGGAUGAGUUCUCUUCUUCCUCUUCUUCCUCGCGUGCCGAGAAGGAGAAGGCAGCUCCACCGCCUGCGGCGCCCGCGCGUGUGGCGCCUGCGGAGCCUGCGGCGCCUGCGGCGCCUGCGGAGCCUGCGGAGCCUGAAAGCUCCAGCAGCUCAAGCUCGAGGACAAAGCCAAGGAAAAGGAAGCGAUCAAAGGAUCGGCAGGCCGACGUUUCGCGAGGCCAAGGCUGCAACCGUCACUGUGCUUUUGACAGGCUAGCUCUUCAAAAUCCCGUCGCAGGUCGAAAGCAAGCGCCGAAGUCAAGGCGUACCCGUACCAUUAUGCAUAUCCUCCAAGCAAACCUCCACCUCAAGCUCCUCAGCUCACUGUGCAUCCACUUCCGGCGCACCUUCACGCCCCCACCCCGCGUUCCCACCACGCUCCACACGUCCCGCAUGCCCCGCACGCCCCUCUUACCACCCACCACCCGCACCUGCACGCGGUGCACCCCGUGCACCCCGUGCACCCGGUGCACCAUUUGCCCUUGGCACACCCCAUCCCAGUGCACUCCGUGCACCCCGUGCAUCCGGUGCAUCCCAUUCCGGUCGCACCAUGUGGACCUUGUGGAGGGGCCCUUUGCCAUUUGGCACCCCCCUUCCCGCUCUAUCCAGGCUGGACGGGUUACUACCGCCCUGGCCCAGAACGCCGAGGUGAGCCGCGUGCGAGUUUGGCCUCCGGCGCCAAGACCUUGCCGCCCAAAGCUGGCGCCGGAAAGAAGGAGGGCAUCGGUAGUGCCUGGGGCGAGCCUGCCAAGAGGCAGCAUCCUCUCAGUGCGCUCUGGGCCUACUCGCCGCCAGAGCGCGCUGCCUUGCUCGGCGCCCUUCAGGCUUCCACCGGGUCCGUGGCCCCUGCGCAUCGACGUCCUCGGUCUUCUCGGGAAGACGACGGUCCAUACUUUGGCUGGAGAAGACAGCUUCAAGCUUCCGCUGGAGGGCAAAGAUGGGCGGCACAUGAGCGUCACCUUCCAGAUUGGAGGUUCGAGGCCCAAAGCAGGGCGGGAGGAAGACAUCAGCCCAGCCAAGAGGAGAGAUGCGGAGGCGGAUGCCCGGGCAUAUCUCGACAAGCACCGGCUGCAUGAGUUCAUGCACGGGCUCUUUGAGCUCCUCCUACGCGAGCGGCCAGAGGACCCUUAUGGCUUCAUGGCCAAGCGAUUUCAGCAGGCUGCUUGCAUGGAAGGGUCCAUCCGAGAGGCUGGUGGCCUGAAGGUUUCCAGAAGCUCGAUUUCAACAGCCCCAACCAGUUCGCCCUCCGUGAUGUCGUCCAUGUCUCCAAGCCGAGACUCCUUUUUUGCGACAAGUGGCUCAGAGCCCGACGUGCCCGAAGGCUCUUACAAGGUUUUGCUGCGGACCAUGCGUGGCCGCUCUGUGACGCGUUUGGUAGUGAGCCCCACUGAGAAGGUUGGCGACGUCAAGCAGCGCCUGGAGAGUACUACUGGUGCGCACGUGUCAGCCAUCCAGCUCCUUUGGUUGGGCGAGAUGCUUCCCAACGCCACCACGUUGCAGGACUGGUUCGUGGAGCCGGGCCCCGUGGUGCUGAACGUCAUCUGUGCCCCGAAGGGCCCGAAGUUGCGGCACGUCAUUUCCGGUGCGAGCGAAGGCAUGCGGCUGUGGAAUCCAGCGGAUGCCGAGAAGGUGAGGGAGUUGACUCCGGAGGUUCCCUCUGCAGUGCUGGCCAUGUCCGCCGACUGGGAGACGAUGCGUCUUCUUUGCACGACCUUCGACGGUCGCAUGCAGCUCUGGAAUAUCGGCGGCACGUGCGUCAAAAGCAUCGUGGCUCAUAGUGAAGAGGCGUGCUGCCUGGAAGUCGACUGGGCCUCCGAGCAGGCACUCUCUGGAUGCUCCGAUGGGGUGGUGAAGCAUUGGUGCCUCAAGACCUUCCGCUGCCUUGGGGUACUUCACGCCAGCAGCAGCGUGGACUGCCUGUCGGUAGAUUGGCCCAAGAAGAGGGCUUGCGGCGGCUUGCGGACUGGGGCCGUCCGGCUGUGGGAUCUGGAAUCUGCAGAGGUGAUCUCUGACUUUGAGGGUCCUUCCAAGGUGAACUCGGAAGAGGGGCUCGGGGACGCUCGGGGACGCUCGGGGACGCAACUACGGGGCUCGCGUGAGGGCACGGUCAGUGGCAUGGCCGUCCACGUCGGGAGAGCUGUCACCGGCUUUGAGGAUGGGCAUUUGGCUUAUUGGCACUUCGGAGGUGAAGCGGGAAUCGGUGAGUCCGGCCCCGGCCCAACCGGCCCAAAGGUCUUCCUGGCUCACUACAGUGCAUUACGAAGUAUUGUCGUGCAUUGGAGUAGCAGCCGAGCCCUGGUGGGCUCAGAUGAUGGAAGUCUGUCACUUUGGCGGCUAGACUCUUCCGAGUGCUUGGCCAGGCGGAGAAUGCACAGUUUCAUCUUUUGCCAUUUGUUCUUUCAGCUUUGCGAGGUUUGCUCGCCACGUUGGCUUUGUUUGGGCAGUGCAUGCAGACUGGGCGAAGGAGCGGGCGGUGUCCGGGGCCUUCGACGGCUGCCUCAAGCUCUGGGAUCUUCGCACGGGCGAGUGCCUUCGAACUCUUCAAGGUCACUCACGGCCCAUCAGGAGCAUUUGCUGUGGCUGAGUUGCCAGCCUUUGCCCGUGCUCCCGUUUCACUGAAGGCAAUGGCCCGGACAGGGCGUUUCAAGAUGUCGCUAGCCUUCGAGAGGCCUUUUUGACCCGUACUUGGGCUGGAUUUGCAGGUGCUAGCAACUGCUAGAUCUUAGGGCAUGUGCACAUGUCGCUGUGCACGUGCAUAGCUUUUAGCGAGCGCUUCCGAUUGAAUUGGAAGGCGCUUUGAGAACUUGACCGAGCGAGCGCGCUUUACCGAGCGUG